AUGGUUUCUGAAAACCCUAACUGGUUUGGGGAACAUCUGAUGCCGCUAGUAUACAUUUGUGGCGUAUAUUGGUAUAUGCAUAUUCUGGUUGUUAUCUGGAACUGGGAUCAGGCGUUUUUUUCCCCAUCGUGCAUCUCAACCAUCAACUUCACUUUCUGCUUCUUUGGUAUCGCCAUGAACUUUCGUUAUCAUCACUCAGAAAUUGAAUCACGGUCAUCCUCUCCAACAAUUUCCUCACCUUCUAUGUCAGAUCCCGGCUCACCAACUGAAUUAUCAUCCAUGCCCUUGUUCGUAGAUGGACCUGCUCUUCGUACAUUUUUCAGUGAUUCAGUUGCAAAGGGCCGAGAGUCGGUUUCCUCAGCUCAAGCAACUUUAUCUAAUCCACCAUCGUUUCUCUGGCAAAUGACAUCAGAGCAACUGGUACAGUUUGGUCAGACGAACCCUGAGCAGUUCAAGACGAUCCAAUCUCACAUCUGUGAGUUGGCAGACCUUUAUCGUUUGAAAACUAAGAAUGCCACCUUCGAGUAUCCAACAAACAUUCUCCUGCAUAUACCGCUAGACAUCCAGAAGCUUAUUCUGGAUAACUUGGCCAUUCCAGCCUUGCUCAGGCUAUCAAAAUGCUGCCGUUAUCUAUCGCAUGCAGUUAAUGCAUAUAUCACAGCACGAAUUGAGGGCAUUCUAACCUCAUUUUCAAUUGAUCCACACAAGCUUCUGGAAGGCAUGGAGACCUGUGGUGCAUUUAUUGGGGGGUCUGUUGCACUUCUGGCAGUGCUGGCAAAUGUCGACAAUUUUGCCCCAAAUGAUCUAGAUAUAUAUGUUCCAGAAGCUCAUGCUGAAACCUUGGCCAAGCGCAUUUUAUCCAGGUUCAAAUCUGUUGGCGGUCACUCGCCAAUCUAUGUUUUGAAUCCUGCUAUCACUCACGUUGAAUGGUACACUUCCACUUUCCAUCCCCUCAUUCGCAUCAAUCUUAUUGCAACCAAGUCCGCGUCGCCCUUGGAGGCCCUAUUCCAUUCCGGUGCAUCCAUUACCAUGAACGCUAUAACUGGGCGAGGAAUUUUCACUGCUUAUGCUGAUCUAACAGCCCGUAAAAUCAGCUUGCUACCUUUCAGUUUAUCCCUGCCCACCGCCAAACUCUUUCGUGCAGUCAGAAACAGAUCACCUUUGCCCCAGGAUGAGGCACAUACCAUCCUCGCUCACUUUGGAAUUUCAGUACCAGUUACAGCAUUGCCUUGGGAGUUGAUGGAACUUCUUGUUAAAAAGUAUAAAUCGAGAGUUGGGGUUACCUUUAUCCGUGAUCUAGCAGCGAUCAAGGACCAUGUCUGUGGAGAGGAUCCAUCUUGCAGCUUUACCCUGAGGACUUCUGCUGAUUCAGGAUGUGCCUUCUUCCCCUUCAGACCGCUUUCACCUCUUCCUACUUUGACACUCGCCAUGCCCGUCACUCCUGUCGUGCCCAAAGUAGUAGAAAAUCCGAUCCGCUGGAGUGUGGUUACUCCAAAGCUUAUCUCGUGUUUACGGAUUUGGGUUCAGAUUAUAAGUUUAGUGGCACUAUCGUUGCAGGCACCUGUGAAGUACAAAUAUGGUAUAUCUUGGGCUCGAUCUAAUGCACAUUCUAUGCUUCCCUCGGAAAUUCUCUCAUUACAGGGUCUAGCACUUCUGGUGUUUUUACAAAUGCAGGGUUUCUGGUCUCCACCUCCUUGA